AGGCGAAUGUACUGAGAUGAUCAAAAGAGGAAAAAUUGAUGAAAGGAUAAUCAAUGAAAAAUAAAAAUCUACUGCAUUACUUAUAAAUGCAGAAAAAUGUGAAUGAACCCAACGAUGCAAAUAAUGCAAAGACAUCGUGGAAGUGAAAAAUGCAUUUGCUUGUUUUGACCAGCCGUUCUCCAGGCCUGAUCGAUCUGCACCCACCACAAAACAACAUCAUAACGCCUCGAGUACAAGGAGAUUUUUGUCGUCAUCUCAUCCGACCAGAGGGUGAAGUGAUCUCCCCGCCAAAUAACGUCCUUCUGAGCCACUCACAUCCACCACACCCCGCUCGCUCGCACCGUGUGGAAGCAUGUCGGCCUCAGUCCCCGGCCAUCGAGGUGGGGCCCCGAUUGUCAAUCAUGGAUCCGUUGGUCUGGCUCGUCGAGCUCGUCCUCUCCACCCUCCAUCUCCAUCCAGUAUUAGUGGCAGCCACUCCGGCACGCCGUUUUUGGAUCAGAAUCUCCGCAUCACGGUCAAGGGAGGCCAAGGCGUGGAGCGGGUCAUUGAGUAUGCCGAACCGACCCUCUCCAGCGUCUCCUCAUCGCCUCCUGUCCCCGUCCCCGCCCCCGCCCCCAUAUCAUCCGAAAAACGUUCGAUUGAUUCGAAGAAUGGGACCACGCCCAACUUGUCCCUUGAAUCCGGAUUGAAUGAGGUGGUGGGUCGAUUAGCUCAGUUGGGCCAAUUGCGAUGGCAGGAAAAGGCCCAGGUUCGGUUAACCCACUUUGAAAAUUGGGCCGAGUUUUGGGUUAUGCGGGCAGAGGCUCAAGAUUUAUUGGGCCGCCUUAUCAACGAGCCUUUGGCGGCAGCCUUGGCCCCGGUCCAGGACCCGCCUUUCCCCGGUAUGAAGUUCAUCAUUCGAUCCCCCACGCAUGGAUUGGUCCGGGUUGAAAUUGAGGCCGUCAAGAAGAAAGGCAUAAUUGAAGUCUCGCUGAUGGAUGUGGGUGUAGUUGAGAUGAUCAAGGUUGAGGCUUUGUUGGUCAUGCCACCGCUUUUGUUGGAGGUGCCUGCAUUAGCUGUGCAUUGUAAGUACGUGAAAACCAAGGAGGUUCCCCAGGUGAAGCAACUCGAUCAAACUCAUUUCACUAUCGAGUGUCAAGGCUGGAACGAAGAAGGUGAUGUGAUGGUGGUUGAUAUCCCAGAUAUCAUUCAGUUGUAUAGUUCGAAAGAUUCCUUUAAACCGGUGCCAGCCUUUGAGGUAGAAUCAUCCGACUUGGAGUAUGAGGAUGCGGUGGAAGAGGUCAAGAACAGCCAAGACGAACCGAUUGGAAUUCCUUCACAGGACAGUUCUUUCAGUCAAAUCCCAAGAAGUUUUGAUGCGGAUCCAGUGGCUCCUCUCAAAUCGGGAAAAGACAAGAAACUUUCGGGGAAAAGACCCUUUGCUAUUCCCACAAUUCCCCCUCUUCCAAUCCGGUCCUCGCCCGAAAUGCUAAGUGCCGGUACGUUAAGACGAAAUAUCGACUCUUUUGUGAUACCCGAAACUGUUUCACCUUUCGAUCCAACUCAGUGCAUUCCUAGUGAUGAAUUUGUGGUCGUUCACGUGAUUGACGUGCAAGCCUUUGACUCCAUUUUGGUGACCUAUCAAAAUAACGAGAUAGAAGUCAAUAUUCAAGGCCUUCAUGUUGGGCAUGGUUACAAUCCAAGCGAUGAUGAGUGGAAUUGCCGGGCCGUGCAGUGCCUGAAAAACUUGCUUUUGGACCAAGAUGUGGUGGGAAACUUGAUGGUUAAGCGAACCGCCCAUAACUCAUUUGGUGUUGCUUUUCAAAAACUGGAAGUAGAAUGUCAGCUCUUCGACGAGAAUGUCGCAAGUAUGCUCAACGAGUUGGGCGAUGGUCUAUUUUCCUUGGCUGAAGUUACCAAUGCGUUUCAUAUCCAUGACCUUCCCCCUUUGGAGGACUUCAACACAAUCAAGGACUCCGUUUUCAAAUUUUCUUGCAUCACAAACUUUACAGAUGCUAUCUUUGUCAAGUUGAAAAAGCAUGAGGAAACCUUGAAAAAGAUGGAAUCUUUGAUUGCAAAGGUCGACCGCAAACCAAUCGAGAAGUCAUCUUUGUCAGAAGGCCUUCUGGUGUUAGCCGAAUAUGAAUACUCAUUGUAUCGAGCCUGUGUGAAACAUUGGGAUGACGACGAUAUUGUCCAAGUUCUAUUCAUUGAUCACGGGAACGAAAAGUCGUAUUGUGUGGGAGACCUGUACGUCUUGCCGGAGCAGUUCAUGGAUUAUGCUCAAUUCUGCCAUCUAGUUCAAUUGAAAUGGGUGGAACGGAAGGAAAUGACCGACAUGGAAAUGGUCCGGUCUCUAAAAUUGCUGAACGGAACAGAUGGUGAUUUGAAACUGGCACUUUCCCAUAUAACCAAAGAUGGAAUGCCCGUGGUGACCCCCAGAUCGAAAGCAAAUCGAUAUCUCAUGGCAGAUUUCAAAAACAUUGUCCUUGACGUGGGCCUUAGCAUACACAAUCGAGCCGAAGACCUCGGUUGUCCAUCGGCGAAAGGUGUCAUUCAAGGCGUUAUUAUUCGGGUUUGUGAGGAGGAUCCUUCCGUAUUCUACCUGGUGCCGGAUGAAAAUCUCGAAUUAGGCAUCGAGAUCAAUCGGAGAUUGGCCAAGUUCUACGCAUCCCAUUCUAGGCCUGACCUUUACGUUCCAUCCGAGUCGGAGGUGUUGGCGUACCGCGACGAAGGCAAUAAUUUCUAUCGGGUGAUCGCCAAAAAUGUGGACGAAGAAUCGGUCACAUGUUAUUUCAUCGACUACGGGCUAGAAGAAGAAGUCGAACCUUGUGAUCUGUUUCCCCUCAUCACGAACGUCGAGGAUUAUGCCCAAUUAGCCCUUAUUUGCCGAGUGGUCGAGACAUCGGUCCUGAAGCAAAUAGCAAGGUCCCAAAGGUAUUUGGUGGAGGUUGUCGAAAAAGAUUGCAAUCAUGUGCGGGUUAAUGUCUUGGAACAUGUACCUUGAGUUCUAAGAUGCCCAGUUUAUCCUUCAUGGCGAAAUCUUUAUUCCGAUAUUAAUACUGACACAAGAACUAUUGCAUACCUCAUCAAAGCGUUUCAAGAUGUGCUUUGGUUGAAAUUAGAAUUGGAAAAGGAAUAGAUUCUGUAUUGCUUGUAGGCUUCAUUAAUGAAUUACUGCGAAUAAAUUACCGACGUUCAGUUACUUGAGACCA